UACAAGUUUACAUGAUCAUUGGUAGAUUUACGGUGGCUGUGUUAUAUCGCAUCUUGAUAUCCGCACGUCUGUGAAUUGAGUAUCACACUGAAUGAAAGGUAUUGCUUUGAUGGGCAGUGACAAAUGAAAACAAGCGUUUUAUCGUAGAAAGUCCAGCAAUCAUGUUUGCAUCAGUACAUUCCAGCUACUUAAAAGUUUUAAUGUUAGCCAUCUUAUUCAUUGAGACUGCAGCAAUAAUGAUAAUUCGUGGACCGCAAGAUCAAUCUGUGCAUGUUGGUGGGACUGUCAUCCUCAGAUGCACAGUGAAUAACAAGGGGAGCUUUAUAGUUUACUGGUUUUUCGACCGAGUUAACCGGUACCUCUCAUCCGAUGUCACGUUCUUUGAGGAGUCCGCAGAUUCCAGACUGAGUAUCGUGGGGGAUCAGACUCGUGGCGAGUUCAACCUGAGGAUUUCUAGGGUGCAACUGACUGAUGCCGGAAUUUACCGAUGCGGCUAUGUCCCUUUGGGAUCUAACAUGUUGACCUCAAGAUGGGCACGACUGACUGUGCUGCAACCACCCGAUGAAGGCUUUCCACGUUGUGAGGUAUCUCCAAGAACCGGAAUGAUUCAACUGGGCCAGCGGGCCACCCUAACCUGUACCUCCCAGGGAGGAGUGCCGCCAGCCUCGCUCGUUUGGCUACAGAAUGGCUUCGAGAUCACCGCUGCUGUACAACACAGAAACGUUAUUGAAAGGACUUUUGAAUCGUCUUUGAACGGGGUUCGGUUCACCUGUCGAGCCACUAGCCCAGCUUUUAUUGGAGAACGCACCUGUUCUCUUACCCCCCUCAGUAUAAAUCCAACAGUGCGUGUGGAGCCACCUCUGCUUGAUGUAAGACCUGGUGAGACAGCAGUGUAUGUGUGUUUAGAUAGAAGUGUGUCCCCGAUUGUUGAGAUCUCCUGGACGUUUGGUGGCAUCUUCGUCCCCCCGUUUGAAGGACCGAGCCGGUUUGAGCUCUCCAUGGAUCGAAGAACUUUGUCAAUUCGCAAUGUCCAGUUAACUGACAAUCACACCUCGGUGCAGUGCACAGUGGCGACAGCGCAGGCACUGUCAGCCACUGCGGGAGCAUUAUUAACAGUUCGACUUCGUCCAACCGUGGAGGGUCCAACUGAUGUCAUCACCACCUUGACACCCACCACGAUAUUUGCCAACACCACAUUAACCCCUGACGUUAACCAGACUGAACCACUCCCAACGUUACAGGCUGACGGCGGUUUGAGUACUGGCGCCAUCACAGGUAUUAUCAUUGGCAGUAUUGUCAUAGCCCAGCUCCUGAUCAUUGUUUUAGUGUUCGUAUCUCACAAACUUUGUUCAGGAUCUUCACGUCGUGUGAGAAACAAACCCAGGCGCGGGGAUUCCAUGGUACCGUCUCUAGCGGGUUGGCAGGGCCAACAGGUAGUCCAAACUUCCUACGAAGGCCUAGACGCAUCCGGUAGGUCCGCCAGCGCCAUACGAUACCUGAGUCUCCAUCCUCUAAGAGCCCCGCCCACCAACUUUUCCACCACUGAUGUUGGUGUUUAUGAAGCUGCAAGUGAUCCUAAUACCAAUACGAUAGUCUACGAGUCAGGCUUAAUACAGUCACCUUCACAAUCCAGUGCCACCCGUGACUCCAUGGAUAUUGACCAUGAUGUAUACCGACCGGCACUGCGGCCCACUGCAGUCAGUCCUGUCGUUUACGAACAACCUAGAAACAGUACCAAUCUAACUUACCCAGCCCCCCAAGAGGAUGACUAUUACGAUCCAUCGGAAGACACAGAACAACUUGCAUCAGCCAACAAGCAAAUUCGCUCACAAGUCUCUAAAGAUGGCGACUAUUACCAACCACCCGACGUCACAGAACAACUUGCAUCAGGUAAUGAACAAAUCUGCUCGAAAGUCUCUAGUAAAGAUGGCGACUAUUACCAACCACCUGACGUCACAGAACAACUAGCAUCAGCUAAUAAACAAAUCUGCUCGCAAGUCUCUAAAGAUGGCGAUUACUACGAACCACCAGAAUUCACAGAACAAAUUGCUGCGUCUUGGAAACAAGACCAGAACUUUAAGCUGCAGCCAAACACAAACCAGAGUCCACUAUCAGGUGAUGAGAGCGAAGUUUUAUACGAACUGCCGUUAGCCAACUCCACUGGAGUAGAGAAAGAACAAGCCAACAUCACUGACGAUGAAGUGUACUACGAACCUCCACUGGAGGAAUACCGUUCCUCAAGUCCAGUAAUGACACACAUGGCCGAUGCACAUUUAUACGACGUUGCACCAGACGAUGACGUGUACGAGACUCCCGAUGUACCAGAUGUGAAGAGACUAUAAAUACAUGUAUGUAGAUUUUCGAAAU